GUUUGUUUACAAGCGAAUCACUUCCUGCCCGCCAGCAGCUUUGUCCAGAGUACGCGAACUGUGUUGUUGUUUUAACUAAGAACACGCUUCAAGAUGGGAUGUGAUGGAGGCACGAUUCCCAAAAGACACGAAUUGGUAAAAGGACCCAAAAAAGUCGAAAAGGUUGAUAAAAAUGCAGAGUUGGCUGCCAGAUGGAAAUACUGUGCCCUGAGCCAGGAGAAACUCAAACGUCCCAUCGUUUCCUGUGAACUGGGAAGGCUCUUCAAUAAAGAUGCUGUCAUUGAAUACCUUCUGGAUAAGACUGCUGAGAGACCAAAUGUUGAGGCGGUAGCCCAUAUCCGUGGGAUCAAGGAUAUAAAAGAGCUGAACUUGACUGAUAACCCGGUGUGGGAGGGAGAGAGAAGAAACACUAAAGGGGACAGAUAUGAGGACGUCCACUGUGGCAUGUUCAUUUGCCCUGUUGUAGGACUGGAGAUGAAUGGCAAGCACAGAUUUAUUUACCUGCAAUCCUGCGGCUGCGUCUUUUCUGACAGAGCCAUGAAGGAGGUUAAGACCGAAAUCUGCCACAAGUGUGGGGACCCGUUUAAGGAUGAGGAUGUUGUGGUUCUUAACGGCACUAAGGAGGAAGUGGAGAAAUUGACCGAGAAGAUGGCAGAGAGGCGGAGCAAAGCCAAAACUAAGAAAUCAAAGAAGAGCAAAGCUGCUGAAACUGUGUCUACAGCGUCAGAAACUAAAGCCGAUGAAACCCAAUCUACACCAGAGGAGGCAGCAGGAGGAAGCUCAGUACAGAACGGAGGUGAAAACAGCCAGCCAGUUGCGGCCGGACCCUCGGGAUCCGCGAGCUCCUCAAUAGGCUCCAAGCUUUCUUUAAGCUCCUCCAACAAGCGGUCCAUCCAGGAAAUGGAGGAGAGGUCUGAGGUCUUCAAAUCUCUUUUUACCACCCACAGCUCCGCUAAACGCACCAAAGACCAGACAUCCAACUGGGUCACCCACACCCCAUAUCACUUCUAGUAACCAUCACUCAGAGCAAAUAUCAACAUUUUUUAAGAUUGUUCCCUCAACAAAACUAAUGUAGACCCCUCCAACAUACACAACGUGUUAGAGACAUCAAUAUGUAAACCCAUUCCCUACCCGUCUCUUGGCUCUUGUAGCGUCAUGUUUACAUGUUGUGAACGUUUUGUUAAUACCUCCCCAAGCUGGUCAUACUCUUUGUUUUGCAACAUUUUUUCUUCCCCAAUGAAUUCUGCACUGUAUCUGUCCUCAGUCACAGGUGCUUUGAGAAUUGAUGCCAGGGUUACUUUAUCAUCGUUGUCACUCUGCUGCCUCCUGAUGGAUAGAGUGCGGAUAUUUUAGCUAACAUCUGCAAGGUUUAAAUCUUGACUUUACUGUUCAGUUUAUCUGAUCUGAUUCUCCCUGUUUCAUGUGACUUCAUCUAUGAAUGAAUAUGUGUGGGUUAUAUAUGUUUUACCAGUGUAGUCUCCAUCUGACAGCAACAGUUGAAUCCAUUUUGCUGGUGUAUUGAAGCAGCUGUAUUUUAGGUAGCAUACUUUAGCUCUGUGCUCUUCUUCAGUCUUGAGUACCAUUGGCUUCAUUAUUUUCCAAAAUGUUGCUUCCAUCUUGAACUGUUUUUACUUUUUUUUUGAAGAUCUUAAGACAUUUUGCAAUAGGACCGACAGUCCUAUGUCUUUUUUUUCUUUUGUGUGUGCAUGGAAAAUAAAUAAAUUUAUAUUCAAUUCUA